AUGGAAGAAGUUCAAGUUCAACCAAAUGAAAGCAAUAACACUGAAUCUUCUCAAAACAAGGAGGUGAUUGAAUCUGAUAAGGUGGCUGAACUUGUGGAAAAUGAAAAUAGCCCAUAUGAUACGAAGAAAAGGAAGCGUACAUCUAAAGUUUGGGAUGAUUUUAAAGUGAUCACACUUAUAGACGGGAAUACAAAGGCUGAAUGUAUUCAUUGUAAACAUCAUUUGACAUAUGGUAAGUCGAGUCCUACGACACAUUUGACUAGGCAUAGUCGACAUUGUAUAAAGAAGAUGAUGAAUGAGAAAGGGCAAUCAAAUCUAAGUAUCACCACAACCUUAUCCGAGACAGAAACUGUUAAUGCGGUGCAAAGUUUUAAAUACGAUCACACGAAGAUUAGGGAGAUACUUUCACACAUGAUUAUUGUUCAUGAACUUCCAUUCGCUUUCGCAGAGUAUGAAUUGUUCAACUUGUUGAUGAGGACUGCUACUCCACAUUAUCAAAAAAUUAGUCGGGCUAUUACAAAGAAAGAUUGCAUAACUACUUAUGAGAUGGAGAAGAAAUUACUUUUGGCAGAAUUGAAGAAUGUGAAUAGGGUAAGUGUGACUACUGAUUUGUGGAAGUCUGAUCAGAAAGUUUCAUAUAUGGUUGUGACUUGUCAUUAUGUGGACUCCAAUUGGAAAUUACAAAAACGAAAUUUGAACUUUUGUUCAAUUCCACCGCCUCAUACAGGUAUUGUUGUGUGUGAUGUUUUGAGCAAGUGCUUGGUUGAAUGGGAAAUUGAAAACAAAUUAUGGACAGUUACAGUUGAUAAUGCCGCAUAUAAUGAUGUAGCUGUUCGAUUGUUAAAGGAGAAUAUAUCUUACAAAAACAAUCUUCCUUUGUGUGGAAAAUUGUUCCAUGUAAGAUGUUGUGCACAUAUCUUGAAUCUCUUAGUACAAGAUGGAAUUUCAGAGAUUCAAGAUAUAGUUUCAAAUGUGCGUGAUAGUGUAAAACAUAUGAUGGAGUCAUUUUAUGUGAAAAUGAUGUUGAAUUUGAUGCAUUAUCAUGGUGGGAGACAAACAAAUUAA